CAGACUUACCGUACCCGACGCCAGCUGGCCGGCGAGUUCCGAACCUCCCUUUCGCUCCUCCGGUCCAUCCAAACAUUUUCUUCUGAAAAAACAAAUAUUAAAUCGUCACCGGAGACUUUUCCUCCUCGCCAGAUGACGGGCAGCCGGCCAUCACAAAUCUCUCUCCCAAUCAUUCCUCCGCUCGCCCGCUCCACACUUCGCUACUCCCAAAUCCAGCGUCAUGGCAUCGCCGGCGGUCCUCCCCUUCAAGGGCAAGACCCGCCUCCCCAAGUCCGCCGUCCCGAGACGCUACGACCUGGCCCUCAAGCCCGACCUCGCCGCCUGCGUCUUCUCCGGCGCCGUCGACGUCCACCUCGACGUCGUUGAGGCCACCCGGUGCUUCGUCCUCAACGCCCUCGACCUCGAAAUCGACUCCGGUUCCGUCUCCUUCCGGACCGCCGAUCCUCACCCUAGGGAGCUACGGCCCAAGCAGGUCGUCCUCGAGGAGGAGGAUGAGAUUCUGGUGCUCGUCUUCGAUGAGAACCUCCCUCUUGGGAGGGGAGUUCUUGGAAUUAGGUUCUCCGGCGUUCUCAAUGACUACAUGCGGGGCUUCUAUAUAUCGAAGGAAAUUGGGCUGGGAUCAUUGUUCUGGAGAGAGUCACCUGAGUACAUUGAUGCAUGGUGA